GUAGAGCGCAUUAUUGGUUCGGAGAGGAGUUCUUUGUGUUACAGCAAAUCUAUUCAGUAGUUCUCCUGUUAGAAACGUGAAAUUAUUUUAAAUGGAACGCAGUUCAAAGAGAAGACAAGUGAAGCCCUUGGCAGCUUCUUUGCUGGAAGCUCUUGAUUAUGAUAGUUCGGACGACAGUGAUUUUGAAGUUGGUGAUGCUUCAGGCUCAGAAGGCAGUGGAAAUGGAAGUGAUGAUGAUGGGUCAAAGGAGAGUGGUGGAGGAUCGGACAGUGACUCUGAAGAAAAUGCACUGGAAGAAGAAGAGGAGGAAGAAGAAGGAGGAUCAAUUUGUGAAGAGCAGCCUAAAAGUCUGAACACUGAAGUAACCUCUGUUACAAAGGAAAAAUCGGACGACGAACCAUGUGGAUCUGCAAGCAAAGAGGAGGCUGUCACCAAAUGCAAGAAGAAAACUGAAAAAGUUUCAGAGGGUGAGGCCAGUGCCAGUACCAGUACCAGUGCCACUACCGAAGAGUCUUCCUCGGAGCCCAAAAAGUGGAAUUUGCGCAGAAACAGACCUAUGUUAGAUUUUAUCACAAUGGAACAGCUGAAUGAGAUGGAUGAUUAUGACAGUGAGGACGACAAUGACUGGCGACCAACGGCUGGGAAGAAAAAAGGAAAAGCUACAGCGCACAAAGGGGGAAGUGAUGAAGAGGACAAUGGAAGUGGGAGUGAUGAGGAUAAUGAUGGUGAUGAAAAUGAUGAAGAUGACAGCAGUAGCGGAAGCGAGGAUGAAAGCCAAAAAAAAGCCAAAACGAAAGCACCAAGAACAAACAGUGUGGAAGAGGAGGAGUGGACUAAUGAUAGCCUAAGUAUCUCUCGGGGUAAAAACAAUGAGGAUUCACUGCAGCUAGACAAAAGCCAGAACAGGAGCUCUCAGAAGAUGGAUCACAUACUAAUCUGUUGUGUGUGCCUAGGUGAUAACAGUGAAGAUGCAGAUGAAAUAAUACAGUGUGACAACUGUGGAGUAACCGUACAUGAAGGUUGCUAUGGUGUUGAUGGAGAGAGCGAUUCCAUCAUGAGUUCAGCUUCAGAAAACUCCACUGAACCCUGGUUCUGCGAUGCAUGUAAAAAUGGAGUUACACCCAGCUGUGAGCUGUGUCCUAAUCAGGAUGGGAUUUUCAAGGAGACCGAUGCUGGAAGGUGGGUCCAUGUUGUCUGUGCCCUUUAUGUCCCUGGAGUAGCAUUUGGAGACAUUGACAAAUUGCGUCCAGUGACUCUUACUGAAAUGAACUAUUCAAAAUAUGGUGCCAAGGAGUGCAGUUUUUGUGAAGACCCCCGUUUUGCACGUACUGGUGUAUGCAUAAGCUGUGACGCAGGCAUGUGCAGGUCCUACUUCCAUGUGACGUGUGCUCAGAGGGAAGGAUUGCUGUCUGAGGCUGCUGCUGAAGAAGACAUUGCAGACCCAUUUUUUGCUUACUGCAAGCAGCAUGCGGAUAGGUUGGACAGAAAGUGGAAGAGGAAGAACUACCUUGCUUUGCAAUCAUAUUGCAAAAUGUCCUUGCAAGAGAGAGAGAAACAACUUGCACCAGAAGCACAGGCCCGUAUCACUACCAGGCUUCAACAAUACCGUGCCAAAGCAGAGCUGGCUCGCAACACCAGGCCACAAGCCUGGGUACCCAGAGAGAAGCUGCCUCGGCCACUCACUAGCAGCGCCUCUGCCAUACGCAAGCUUAUGCGCAAGGCUGAGCUGAUGGGAAUCAGCACAGACAUCUUCCCUGUAGACACCUCCGAUACCAGCGCCAGUGUAGACGGCAGAAGAAAGCAUAAGCAGCCAGCCCUAACUGCAGACUUUGUGAAUUAUUACCUUGAAAGGAAUAUGCGAAUGAUACAAAUCCAGGACAACAUUGCAGACCAGAAGAAUCUUAAAGAUAAGCUUGAAAAUGAACAGGAAAAACUUCACAUUGAAUAUAACAAGUUGUGUGAGUCUUUGGAAGAUUUACAGAAUGUCAAUGGCAAUCUAAGGAAUGAAGGGCAAACAAUAUGGGCAGUACUCGGUAGCAUUAUUGGACAGAAAUUGAAUGCCCCAGCCAUUUUGCGAGCACCGAAGGAAAGAAAACCAAGUAAGAAGGAAGGAGGGACACAGAAAUCAUCAACUCUUCCAGCUGUACUUUACAGCUGUGGGAUUUGCAAGAAAAACCAGGACCAGCACCUCCUCCUGCUCUGUGAUACCUGUAAACUGCAUUACCACCUGGGCUGCUUAGAUCCACCCCUCACAAGAAUGCCCAAGAAGACUAAAAACAGUUACUGGCAGUGUUCAGAAUGUGACCAGGCAGGUAGCAGUGACAUGGAGGCAGACAUUGCCAUGGAAACCCUACCAGAUGGGACUAAGAGAUCAAGGCGACAAAUUAAGGAGCCAUUAAAAUUUGUUCCACAGGAUGUGUCCCCAGAACCUAAGAAGGUCCAAGUAAGAAACACGAGAACUAGAGGCCAAAAACGAAAACGAGUCUCCAUCUCCGAAGAGGAAAAAACAGAGGAGCCACCUCCCCGAGAAAGAAGACAGCGACAGUCAGUAAUGCAGAAGAAACCAAAACCAGAUGAUCUGAGGACAGAGUGUGCCACCUGUAAAGGUCCAGGAGACAAUGAGAAUUUAGUCAGGUGUGAUGAAUGCCGCCUGUGCUACCACUUUGGAUGUUUGGACCCUCCUCUAAAAAAGUCUCCUAAGCAGACAGGCUAUGGUUGGAUCUGCCAAGACUGUGAUACCUCAUCCUCCAAGGAAGAUGAAGAUGAGCGAGAGGAAGAGGAUUUGGUUAAAGAAGCAGCUGUGGAGGAAGACGGUCCAAAGUGAAUUAAAGUUAUUGAGUCCAGUUCACAGAAAGUGAACUGCUACACACUUGUGCCCUGCACGUAAUGGAUGUGAAUGCAUUAUAUUCUGCCAUCACUCAAAGUUGUUACCAACACGAUGCUGUAAAUGUGUUGUGAUUGAAUUGUUGACUUCUCAGUUGUUGUUUUUUUUUACCUUAAAAACAUAAACAUAUCCAAUUCAUACAAUGUAAAAACUUUCAGAAGGACCUGUUUCUGUUAAGCAGUCUGUAAAUUAGUUAGAAAGUCAGUAUUGUUUUUAGUAAUAUGUGCACAAGAAAGUGCAAAUGUCUGACCCAGAAAAUAGAGUAAGUACUAUGAUAUGCAUUUAUGCUUAUAUUCAGAAGUGAACAAAGUAUGCAUUCUUUAUAUGACCUUGACAUAUAUCAACUAUGGACCAGUAUUUAAAUACCAUGUUUACAUACAAUAGUAAAUAAAUCUAAAAUGUGUCAGAAUGUCUUGUUUAUUUUAAUAAGUAUUGCCACCAAUGACAAUCUUUGCCAUGUAUUUGUUGAACCAUUUCUGUUUCAGUAUGCCUUAUAGCAUUACUUAAUAUAAAAUUAAAAUGUCAGUAUGUU